CUCUUUUAUAAAAAACUCCGGGAAUGUUUUUUGUGGACCGACAGAAAGCUUUAAAACCCGGAACAUCAACAAAGCAAACACAGACGGCGGAAGAGAAGUUCCCUCGGUUCUCCGAGAGCCGCCGACAUGUUCCCCGGUUUACCGAGAAGAACCAGCGUGCUGGUGGCGGCUCUCAGCCUGGUUGUGACCCGCCUGUCCUGCUCCUCUCUGUCGGCCCCGGACAUCCCGCACAUCGCCGCUUUCUUCGGCACCAAAACCCGCUACGAGGAGGUGAACCCGCAGCUGCUGCGGGACGUCUUCUCCGUUAACAGGUCGGUGUUGAGACCUCCGGCCUCGGAGCGGUGCACCCCGGUCCACCUCACCGCCGUCAUCAGGCACGGCAGCCGCUACCCGACGGUCAAGAACAUCCAGCGGAUCCAGAGACUGAGCGAGCUGGUCCGGAGAGAGGCGGCCGGCGGCUCGGGGGGGGCGGCCCAAUGGCUGCAGGACAUCCAGAGUCACUGGGAGAUGUGGUACACCGAGGACAUGGACGGUCAGCUGGUGAUGAAGGGCAGGGAUGACCUGCGCUGGCUGGCGCGGCGGCUGGCCCUCUUGUUUCCGUCUCUGCUGUCGGAGGAGAACGUGGCGAGGGUCAGCCUGCGGAGCAGCUCCAAGCACCGCUGUGUGAGCAGCGUGGAGGCCUUCCAGGACGGUCUGCAAGAACACUGGAGGCAGCGCGGCCACGCAGCGCACACCUCAGAGGGACAGUACAGCCACCAGGUGGACGACCAGCUGAUGCGUUUCUUCGAGCGUUGCCGCGGUUACGUGGAGGGCGUGGAGAAGAACCGCACGGCGCUGCUGGAGGUGGAGAAAUUCAAACACGGGAAGGAGAUGGAGGCAGUGAGGAGGAGAGUGGCUGAGAGACUGGGACUACCUCAGCACCGCCUCACACCGGAUCUGGUUGAAGCGGCGUUCUUCUUGUGUUCCUACGAGCUCUCCAUCAAGUCCCUCCACUCUCCGUGGUGUUUCCUGUUUGACGAGGACGACGCAAAGGUGUUGGAGUACAAGUCUGACCUGAAGCAGUACUGGAAGCGCUCUCACGGUCACGUGAUCAGCGGUCUGUCCAGCUGUCCUCUGUUCCAUCACGUCUUCAGGACGCUCGACAAGGCCGGACGUCCACGCAGGUCCACGGACGUGCCGCCUGAGCCGGCCUCCAUCCUGGUUGGUCACGCCGAAACGCUCCUCCCCCUCCUCUCCCUGCUGGGGCUCUACAAGGACCAGACUCCGCCCACCGCCGACAACUACCGCACACAGCACGGUAGAAGUUUCCGCAGCGGUCUCAUCGUCCCGUACGCCGCCAACCUGCUCUUCGUCCUGUACGACUGCCAGCGCGGCCCGCGGCUGCAGCUGCUCAUCAACGAGUCUCCGGUUCGAUUCCCGGGGCUGGAGACGGAGGACGCGCCGCUGUACCGGGACGUCCGGGCCACGUACCGCCACCUGCUGGACGGCUGCGACUUUGAACGGGAGUGUGAGGGGCGGCCGGUGGGCCGCGGACCCAACACCGAACUCUGAGCGGAGCAGCAGGUACCCCAGCAGGACAUGUGAACACUGGACUCACUUCAAAUGUCCUCUGCAGUUCAUUUCUU